UUUCAGGAUUUCUGUCACAGAUGGUAGUUCUUAAUGCGUUAUUAAAAUAUUUUUCAGGUGCUGAUCAUACAAGCUCGAAGGGUAUAUGCAGUAAAUAUCCUCCACCAAAGAGGAAUGAGCCAGUUUUUUGUGCAAAGGAGUUUGAUCCUAUUUGUGAUAGUAAAGGCCACACACAUGACAAUAUGUGUCAUUUUUGUGCUGCAAGAUGGUAUGCUAAAGGGCCACUAACGAUACGGUAUAAAGGUGAAUGUAAAGAGGAUAUAAUAUGCAGUAAAUAUCCUCGACCAAAGAAAGAUGAAACAGUUAUGUGCACAAUGGAGCUUUAUCCUAUCUGUGGAAGUGAUGGCCAUACAUAUGGAAACAAGUGUCUUUUUUGUGCAGCCAGAUGGAGCAGUAAAGGCACUCUAUUAAUACGAUAUGAAGGCCAAUGUAAUGAGGAGGCUUUAUGUAGCAAAUAUCCCAUGCCAAAGAAGGGUGAGCCUAUUGGGUGCACAGAGGAACAUGAUCCUAUUUGUGGUAGUGAUGGUGAGAAAUAUGGCAACAGAUGUUACUUUUGCAUUGCCUGGAGAAUGAGUGGGGGCACUCUAACCAUACGUCAUGAAGGUGAAUGUAGACCAAAGGACCACUAUAAAAAGUCUUAAUGCAAUUAAGCAUUAUUCUUAAACAGAAGACCACCUGGAAUGUCUUGAUGCAAAAAUAUUGUCUAAAGCUGUUUGUCUUAAUUACUUGACAGA